CGGGGUUAUCUCUGUGAAGCACCGCUGUAUUUAUAGAUCAUCUCAAAAAAGACUCCCUGCCCCCUGCUCAGCCACCCCUCCCCUUUUUUCAAUUAGCCCCUCAUGGGUGGAGUAAAAUGCAAUCAGGAGUUACUACAGCUCACCCACAGCCUCCUCUCUCAGUCUGCCACAGACUCCGCACAGGCACACACUCCUCAGACAGGAAGGUAAGACUCAACUCUGUUCAACCGCUCCACUAUCCAUCCAUCCACCCGUCCAUCUUUCCACCCAUUCAUCCUCUCUCACUGGUCUUCAUCCACCCUGUCUUCCGUCCUUCAGGACACAGCUGCUCUGGCAUCCUCCCCGCUGCCUCCCCUCCCACCUGCUCAUGUUCUCCCUCUGCACAGCACCUUCACCAUUUAACCAUGUCUUCUCUCUCCCACCUUCUGUGUGUCUGUCUCAGACACAUCCUGACCCCUUUUUUCUGAAAUUCCUUUUUUGGAUCUUUUUGUCCCAAAAACCCUGUGUGCAGAGCUCAUUUCCACCCAUCUCUCCUCUCAUCUCACUCCUCCAUUCAGCUAAAAGGUGUCAACUUAUAUGGUUUUAGGCAGAUGUUUUUCAGCUUUUUUGCCUUUACAGCAUUUCCUGCACCAGAAAUAAUGAGAUGCAUCCUGCACAAACCUCAAAGUAGAAAUUUUGAGGUGUGCAGAAAGUGUCUGUUCAUAAAACUGAGAGAUUAGAUUGAGUUCUGCACAGAUUUUGACUGAGUAAAGGAGAAAAGCUAAUAAGCAGUCGCUUGUGAUUUUACCAUUUAUAGUCCAAGGGGUAAGAUAAUUUGAAACUUUUAUUUGUAGAGCAUUCACUCCACAUGUGAGCCAUAACUUGAUCAGUUUACAGCUAAAUUCUAUUGAAUUUGUUACUCUAUUAUCCACUCACAAGGCUAAUGUCAGUAGCUGUUAAACCUUCUUGUUCAAGUGAGCAGAAACUUUUGCAGUUUUGUUGCUUUGAGUGGAAACACAUGCAGCUCAUUGUUAGAGAAAUCACUGACUAAUGGCUUUGCAUUUGAGAUGUUUAAAAAAGAGUCUCAUGCAUCCUUUGAACAUUUGAAAAUAAAGAAGGAAAACUUCAGUUAUAGGAUAUGAAAUGCUUAAAUUCAUGAGAUGAUAGAGGUACAUUUCUACUUUUAAGGCUUAAUUUUCAUGCAAUUCUAAGAAAGUUGUACAGAGUUGAUUGUCUGGACGAAAAUAGCACCCUUAAGCACUGGGACUUUAUGGAGAUACACCCAUCUGCAAAGUGAUGUGACACUCGGCCUUUAGCUUCGGUUUGGCAUAAAGUGGUUUAAUCGAAAGACCCCCCAGAUGAGCAGCAUCAAAGAGACCCCAGGAGCUGGGAAACAGCUGCCUGACAUAUUUGAACAGCUCAAGGUUAUAUUCAUGGCAGUUGAGAUUAUCCCUUUUUUAUUUUUAGGAGUCAGAUAAGUCCUUAUAUAAGCUAGGUGAGUCAUGUUGGGAGCAGCAGACAAUGAGGGAAUGUGGGAGGGGUUGAAAAUAACUGUGAGCAGAAAGGACGGGCAGAUUAAACGUCUCAACUUCAGCUAGAUAAAAGAUAGCAGUUAAAUGUCGGACGCAUCACAAAUCAGUGAGAAAGCCGGUGAGGUGGAAAAACACAGGGAUCACAAAUAGAUCAAAGUGGAGAUGUUCUGUUUAAAAGUUCGGAGUUAUCACGGAGAAGAGCAGUCAGAUUACAAACAGCAACGCAAGAAAAAUGAAGGAUUUUGAUGAAUGGACAAAGUCGGAGCAGGAAUGUGAAAGAGGAAAUUAGAUUUGAGGGUUUCAGUAACUAUUUUGUUGCUGCCUUAUCUGGUCAAAGCUUUGCUGAAGAAUCCGGUCAUCCAGUCCCUUAAAUAAUGAAAUUUGUGUGCAUGUGGGACACAGAGCCACUCAUUUUAUCCAUCUUUAUUGUAUACCAUUCACAAACAGAUUUAAAAAAAAUACACGCAGAAUAAGGUUCAGCCCAUUCUACUCUUUGGAGAAGAGUAGAGCAUUUGUGCGUAGGUGGGAUAACCAGAGGGCUCAACAGGCGGGCCACAAACAGCUGCAGAUCCAGAGUAGCCAUUAUUACAAGUGCCUUUUGAAACCACUUAAACGCUGACACACGCACUUACUUAUGUACACACACACAAAAUGACAAGGAAUACAGUGAUCUGGUGCUGACAGCUGGAGGUGAGGUGAUGGAUCGGUCACUGUACAGUGGCGUGUUGGGCGGUGGUAUGCAACAGGGCAAGAGUUGACUGUCUCUAAGCAGGACUGAUAGGAGUUAUUUAUAACCUCCUCAUCUGUCACCUUCCACUCCUGACAUCCAGAACAAAAUGAGGGUCUGCGGGGGAGAUGGGAGAGAGAUGAAAGGGGGGAAAUGUGACACAGAAUAAGAUGAGAAGUGGAGAAGCUUGAUACUAAAUACGUCCUGGAAAACAUUUAUUGUUUGGAAAUUAUGAUCCCUAACAUAUGGAUGGUCUCAGAUGAGUUGUACUUCAAAGAGACAGUGCUGUAUUCAAAGCUUUACAUAGAUGAGGUCCCAGGAUGAGAAUCACAGCUUCUGGAAAUUUCUGUCUCAUUCUUGGAGUCAUUUUUCCAGGUACGUGACCCAGGGUCAAGAUGACUGAGCGCUAUGACUGUCACUACUGUAAGGAGUCCCUGUUUGGGAAGAAGUACGUCCUGAGAGAGGAGAAUCCCUACUGUGUGAAAUGUUACGAGAGCCUGUACUCCAACACCUGCGAGGAGUGCAAGAAGCCCAUUGGCUGCAACACCAGGGUAAGAGAUUUCACAAAGCACUCACAAGCACUUACACAACCUCCCUACCGGCCUCUGCCUACCGGUGUUAUUAUCAUCAAAGCUCUAAUUAUCCGUCUGUUGCACCUGUAGGAUCUGUCCUACAAGGACCGUCACUGGCAUGAGGAGUGCUUCAAGUGCUUCCAGUGCAAGCGCUCUCUGGUGGACAAGCCUUUCUCCACCAAGGAUGAGCAGCUCCUCUGCACUGAGUGCUACUCCAAUGAGUAUUCCUCCAAGUGCCAUGAGUGCAAGAAAACCAUCAUGCCAGGUAGGAGGGCAUUAAAGAGGAUUGUAGGCAUGAGAAAGAUAACAUAGCACGUCUCAGGUCGUUCUUGCACAUGCUGUACUGAAUUAACAGUCAUGUAAUAAAGUGCAUUUUUGUUGUCCUCUGAAAGAACAACUAAAGGAUUGUUAUGUUCAGUAAUUUUAAAAGAAUCCUUAUAUUUCUGUUUGUUACGGAAAAAUAUCUAAAUCAGUGUUUCUUGUUUCUCUGCAGGAUCCAGGAAGAUGGAGCACAAGGGGAACAGCUGGCAUGAGACCUGCUUCACCUGCCAGAGAUGCCAGCAGCCAAUUGGCACCAAGAGCUUCAUCCCCAAGGACAACCACAACUUCUGUGUGCCCUGCUAUGAGAAGCAGUUUGCCAUGCAGUGUGUGCACUGCAAGAAGGUGAGACCAUGAAGUUUAGACAGAAUAUCUACAUGAUCGUCUGGAAUGACACGUUCAUUAGGCUUCAGUCAGAGAACAAUGAUUAAACCGGAAUAUAUGGAAAAGAGUGUUGAGAUGUACUGCCGUUUUCCCUGUUGUUAGCCCAUCACCACUGGGGGGGUGACCUACCAUGACCAGCCCUGGCAUAAGGACUGCUUCCUCUGCACUAGCUGCAAGCAGCAGCUGUCUGGUCAGAGGUUUACCUCAAGAGACGACUUUGCCUACUGUCUCAACUGCUUCUGCAACCUUUAUGCCAAGAAAUGUGCCUCCUGCACAACCCCUAUCAGCGGUAAUCACAAAUUAUUUGUUUUAAUAUCUCACUGAUGAUCUUAAGUUCUUUAUAUACUGAUGUUUCUUUCCUGACAAUUUUCUCAGGCCUUGGAGGCAGCAAGUACAUUUCUUUUGAGGAGCGCCAGUGGCACAACGACUGCUUCAACUGCAAGAAGUGCUCCGUGUCCCUGGUUGGCCGUGGCUUCCUCACUGAACGUGAUGACAUCCUGUGCCCCGAGUGCGGCAAGGACAUCUAAAUCUGUGUGGGGGGUGGCUGAUACCUCUAAUCGGAUGGCCACGUUACAAUGAAAGAAUGACAGAUGAGAAACAUGAUCAGUGCACAGAGUAUAGCCUCCAGAGCAUCCUUACUACCUAGUCUCAGUAUAAAUGUACAUUGUUGCCUUGAAAAAGCACUAACACUGAUUUUGAAUUUAGAAAGAAGUUAGUUCAAGUUGAAUGUCCUUUGAGAAAACAGUCUUUACUAAUACCAUAACUGUGGCAUGAAUGUAAAGACCUUCGCUUACGAAACAGCAACAUGUUGCAGCUAGACUCUGUAUGAAGCUUUUAAAAGUCAAUCUACAGUAUCCAUGUUUGUGUAUGGCUAUUUACUUUAAUGUGUAAUAAAUACUGCUUUGUGCAUGAGCUAGUUUGAUGCUCUAACUAGUAGAGGUUUUGUGAAUGACUUCUUCUAUUACCUAUUAAAUAUUUCAAAACUGUCUCAAACUUUUGUCUGUGCACCAAUAAAUCUUAAACUUGGGUCAGGAUGUUUGAAUUUUUGAGCACUUCUGAGCACAAAGGCACACAGAUUUAAGAGCUAAGAUGUUUUAGAGAACUUAAGAGAAACUUCAAUUCCCUUAUUAAGUCCUACUGCAAUGUUGGUACAAAAGUACCGUAAAUAUUGGAAUACGGCCUCCCAAUUUUUUGGGUCUAAAAAAGUGGUGAAAUAUAAUGAAACAAUUUAUUUCAAAACAAUGGUUACAAACACGGCAAUAAAAUAGACAAUUCAAAAUGCUGUGUGAGGCUGUGUACAAAACCACAUACUAUCAUACUAGUCAUAAUGAGUAUGGCAUCACAGUGUGUGUGUGUAGUUCAAAUUACAUAACAAAUCCAGAAUGCAGGAUUUUGUUUGAGAGAAAUGCCCAGAUGUUAAAAUUCAUUGGCCCCAUUUUUUGAAUAUGAAACAGGGGCUCUCAUGACGUAAAAUACCCCAAAAUGCAUUGCAGCUCUUCAAACCGUACAACAGUAGUUAGCUAUAGGCAGCUGACAGAUGUAAGGAGUGUGCGUUUGUUGUAAACAGCAUACUGACUGUCAAGUUAGUAUGCUGUUUACAGUAUGUAGAAGGCCGUAUGUUAGUGUGUAGUUUGAGACACAGCCUGAGUCUUGUUCCUGUGUUUUCCUUUAAGAUAGACAAUGGCUCCAAAGUCAAUUUACAAUAGAGGCAAUUCAAAAAGACACACAUUUUUACGAACAUAUUCUUUCAAUUGAAAUGGUUGACUUCUUUGAAUUAUUACAACAUGGUUUUCUAUUAUGCGGAUGUCGAUUUUUCUUUUAUGACAGUAGUGCAUUUCAGCAGUGAGCACUUAGUCUCUGUGUAAUGGUCAACGUCACAUACCCUUUUACAUUUCUGUAUUAAAACCCUGAACAUUUUCAAAAGCAGCACAAAGGUUUUUUAAAACAAACCUUGAUGGAAUGAAGUUCAGUGAGAGCAGGAGUGACAAACUACCUUUUCAGUAUCAUCUGGGGUUUGUAUUUCUAAAAAAGAUACACCAGAGAAAUACUGUUUUUUCACCAUUGCCUGAUAACGUAUUUGUAAAGCUUCUCACAUGUCUAUCACUUUACUGAGCAAUACUUGGUGAUGACUAUGAGAGUCGACUGUCCCUUCAGCUACCAAUUACAGUGACUUACCAUUCCACCUUUCUUUCAAAAAUCAAUUCAUCCACAGAAACAGAUUAUCAACAACCUAAAUCCAAUCCAAUCAUUUUUUAUUUAGAUUUAAAUUGUGUAUUGUCCUCUUUAAGAUCUGUGUGUGGGAGAUUUGAAGGAAAGUGGGCGAUUGUUAAUGGUAAGGGCACUUAAGGUAGUGGUAAGUAAUGAGGAAGAACUUCACUUUGCAAGCAGCAUGACCGCACCAUCCCGUCUGCUGACAGCAAUGACCCAGAGCUGUGAUUGGCCAUUACACGUAGGUCACAAGUUUCUGUGUCCCCUUUUCAUGAUGCAGGUAGAAGGAUAACAAUGAUGACGAGAGUAAGAGGGGGUUGGCAAAGACGUUCGCUGUGAGUGUGGGAUUUCAUUAGGUCUGUUUGACAGGGCCAAAGGUCAGGGCCAUGUCACAUGCUGAAUCUUUUUCUUCAACUCUGGAGACUUCAUUGAGCCCUGAAAAAAACAGAAGAUGACAAAUAAACUGGUGCUACAGGAAGAGGUCAUAUAAAUAAUCAAAACAUACUAAAUUGAAUGCACAUGUGACCCAUUCUUUAGAUGUCUAUUUUUAUAAUAUUUCACUGUCACAAGUUUUCUGUUUGGCACAAAUUGAAAACAUAAGUUCCAAAACCUUUUUGAACUAAAUAUCAUAUUAUCUCUAUAGUCGACUCUUUGAACAGCCGGAAGAAGAAAACAUGAUUCAGUUGAUCAUCAUCUGACUGCUCGAAUCCCUUUCUUUUUAUUUUAACUAAAAUCUUCACCUUCCAAGUCAAACUGUGAGUAUUGUCUAAUAAUUUGCAUAUCAAAGCAGUGUAUUGUGGCAGUUUUAUAUCAGUAUCAGCCUGGUAUCAUUUUUGCCACUUUCUAAAUCCGUCAAACUAUUAAUAUUUGGUAAGAAUACUUUAGAUUUUUUUUCCUGAAUCAUUAAACAAUUCUGUAUUCAAUCCAUGAUACUCAGAACACUGAGGUUCUUACCGGGCUGUUUGCUUCCCGCUUCAUGUUGGCUGUGUCAGUGCUGUGAUUAACGGAUGAAGACGAGGAAGAAGAGAGGGAGGAAGAGGAUGAUGUGUUUCCAGAUAGCUUGCGGAUGGGGUUAGACAAGUUUGCAGUUGGGGGAGGCUUUAACCUGUCAGUGAUGCCAGGUGACAAAGAGGUUCCCUCUGGUUUCUUUACUUUCAGUGGACCGGAGUUGGACGAACUGCCAUCGAACACAAUCAGAGGUCUUUUUCUGUUGUGAUUGUCACUGGAAAAAAGAAACAACACAGUCAUGUGCACAGGAAAAGCUCUGCUGCACCUGUGGGAGAUGCAGAUACAGAAAGGGAACUUAAAGGGAUAUUCUGGUGUAAAAUGGGUUGAGGGUCAAACACACCAAACACCGAGUUAGAUUUCCCCAUCAAGAGAUGAAUGUUGCCGACCGCUUGCUUCUCUAGUUAUACCAAAUUUAGUAACGACUGCAGGAUAACAAUUCGCAGCGGUCUGAGGAGCCAUAAACAAACCUCAACCAAAACGCCACUCUAUAGCCACAAAUAAUGCUCAGAACAGCACCUAACUUCAUCAACAGUACAUAUAGGGUCCUAGCCACAGCACUAGCCACCAAACAUCUUUUUAACUUUGCCUAAUUUCUUUAGCAAAGAGACUAAACACAACUCACCCACUCUCCUCCAGAAGCCGCUUGUUUGUAGUGAGACCUCAGGCCAGUCCAUUACAGACUACAGCGGGGUGACGAAGCUCAAGGAAGAACAUUUAUGAUCAUUUCUUUAUCAUUUCCUUGAAGUAAUAAUCACCAUAUUUAUCAUUUUGCACUGCAGACGUGGUAGUUCUUCUGCCUUAGCAUCUCGGUCUGAUUGCAAUUCCGUGAAGAAAUGGUUCUAAAUGUUCUUCCUUGAGCUGCGAAACUCCGCUGCAGUCUGUAAUGGACUCGCCUGAGGUCUCGCUAAAAAACAAGCGGCUGCUGGAGGAGACUGGGUAAGUUGUGUUUAGUCUCUUUGCUAAAGAAAUCAAGCAAAGUUAAAAAGGUGUUUGGUGGCUAAUGCUAUGGCUAGGACCCUAUAUGUACUGUUAAUGAAGUUAAGUGCUGUUCUGGGCAUUAUUUGUGGCAAUAGAGUGACUGUUUGGUUGAGCACGUGGCUCUCUCUAUUGCCAUCUGUGAUCAUUACUAAAGUUGGUAUAACUAGAGAAGCAAGUGGUUGGCGACAUUCAUCUCUCGAGGGGGUUUCUAACUCAGUGUUACAGUGUGUUUGACCCUAACUUAAUUUUAUGCAGAAUAUCCCUUAAAAUUACUUUCAAUGUUGCCAAAAAAAUCACAAAUCAGGUCCCCACUGCUGUGUUUCCAGCCACUCAUUCUGCUGAUCAACUGAACACACUUUGAGUUCACAAGGAGAAUUGCCAACUUGGAAGUGUCGAAAUUUAAUUUUGAAGUGAAAAAAAAAACAAUGUUCAUUAUUUACUGUGGAGAAAGAUGUUGUUUGGUUCUCAAAAUUUAUAUUUCUGAUCAAACAUGGUCAGUUUCAGAUAAUUCAAUAAGCGUUAAUCGUGUUUGAUUCGCGAUUUAGGCUCCACUUGAAUCUGUGAUUGAGUUUGACACUCUAAUUUAAAUGAAGGUUUUGGUUUGUCCGUCUUCGGCUACCGUAAUCAAACAUGGCGGCGCUAAUCUGGCGGACUGAAUGGAUGGUACCAGUCUGUAGGAGCAGCUCAUACAAAGGUAAACUUGUCUAUGUUAUGAUGAUUUCACACCAAUGGAAACAUUUGUUCACAUGUCCUAUUUGAAUUUUGCUCUGUCAACAGAUCCUUGAAUCGUACACAGUGGAGUCCUGAGAAAAUGAAAACACCUUUACCUGUCGGACCUGGGACCGGCGGCUGGGGUCUGCCUCGCUCGGGUCUUCUGCACCCUCCUGCCCCAGCGGCUGUCGGGUAAAGACCUCUGCGGCAGAGGGAUGACAUGUCGAAGGUACAGCUCUGUCAGGCGAUCUCGACUCUCACAGCUCCUGGUAUUGACGUUUUUCUAAGUUAGAGAGACAAUAAAGUUACCCCACACUAACUGUCUGACACAACAAACAUGUACUAAAGUCAGGGCUCCCCGUAAAAAACAGACUACACGAACAGACGGCUACGUUAGUUAGCCGGUAUGCUAAUAUAACGGAGCUCAACCUCUUCUAAUUUAACAUGUAACGGGUCGUUUUACAUUUCCCUUCAAACAGUAACUGACCUCAUGUAAGAUAAGCUGCAUAAACUCUAAAGACAGCAGCUCGGGGUGUAGUAAAACAUCCACACUCGAGGAACAAGCAGCCGUUCCAUCCUGUACCGUGGAAGCCGCCAUAUUGGAUGUUGGCGUCUUCUACGCAUGCCCCGCGUCACAUCGUCGAAGGACGAUGGUGGUAUGGAGCAGAGGCAGGCCCUUUAAAUUGAAAAAAAAUUCAUCGGUUUUCUGGAAAGAUGUUUGUACAUUUAUUUCCCAAAAUAUCUUGUCUGGUGUGUCUCUUACAUAUGCGAAUGUGCUGUUUGGGUUCCACUCCUAUCCUGCGAAAAACAAAGAUCAUUAUUAUUAUCAAUCAAUCACUCAAAGUUUAUUUACAUAGCACUGUUCAUACAAAUGAAAUUGCAUCUCUAAGUGUUUUACAUCAGGACAAGAAAAAUAAAAGUUAUCAAAAUAGAUUAAAACAGACAAUAAAAUAUGAACUUGAAUUUAUUAAUAAAAUAAGCUAAAAAGUGAUACUAAAAAAUAAAUAGAUUAUAAUAGUAAUUAAAAUAAUGAAGUUUUGAAUAAAAGCCAGGCUAAAUAGGUGAGUUUUUAGGUUAAGUUUAAAGAUUUCAAUAUUUGCAGCUUGUCUCAGACCAUCUGGAACUUUUGUUCCACAGUUUUGGAGAGUAGCAGCUAAGAGAGGCAUCACCAAAUUUUUUUGUUCUGCUCUGUGGAACGACUAAAAGAGAAGAUUGAGAGGAUCUGAGAGGCCGCCCUGGUUCAUAAAUUAAAAUCAUCAUUGAAUGGUAUUCUGGUGCCAGGCCAAUGGCCAUAUAGAACUUUAUAAACUAGUAAAAGAAUUUUAAAAUCAAUGCGAAAAACUAACAGGCAGCCAGUACAAAGACUUUAAAAUGGGUUUCAUAUGAGCUCUUCCCCUGGUCCUAGUCAAAACUCUAGCAGCAGAGUUUUGGAUCAGUUGUAGCUGAUUUAUUGUGCUUUUUGGUAGACCAGAGAGAGGAGCAUUGCAGUAGUCAAGCCUGCUGGUUAUAAAAGCGUGCAUUAGUCUCUCUGUCUGGUUCAUCAACUUGCUUGUUCUACUUGCUAAAUAGCACAUACACAAAUUCAAAUUCGGGGAUCACAAUCCAUCAUGUUUAAUUUUUGAGAAGGAACUCAAACAAUACUUCACAACUAUCCAAUAUUUAUCAAACAAAAAAGCUAUUAAAAACAUAGAGUAAUGCAUUUUAUAUGAUAUUUUAUUGAAUAAAAAAAAUAGAAAAUUGACUGCUGUGAAAAGUACAAAAAAAGUAUUUCGUCUAGAGAAGGUGUUUUUGUAUUAUUGAACAGUCUUUUAGUCAGGAAAAAUCCUCAUCCUGUGCAGUUUACAGUUGUACUGAAGGUACAACAUAAAACAUUUGUUUAUAAAAUAAGUUUUUCAAGAAAUGCUUCAAGUUUCCUAUCCCUCCAGGAUUUUAUCUCCACACAUACCAUGUGAUGAAGCAGCAAAAUUCAAUAAAGAUAUUGUUUUUGUGAAGUAAAAUCAUAGAGUAUAACUAAUAUGAUUUGAUUUUCAUCAUGAAUUAAGAAAGAACAAAGUUAAAAUAAAAUAAUGGACUGUAUGGUUUUGUGCUCUGGUUUUUGAAAGAGGAGUUCUGGCUUAAUGGGAGUCAUAUGUCAACAUGUGAUAACACUUUAAUUAGGUAAUUAGGCUUAGUUAUGAAUAAUUUUGGAGCCGAUAUUAUUGUGAGGGGCCUUGCCAGUUUUAAAUUCUUGUCCCAACCAGUCAUGUGUAUCAGUCAUGUCUUGUUGUUGAUUUAUUACAGACAGACAUUGUUUUCAGUCAUGUGCUAACUGAAUUUUCAGUCUAUGAAAGGGUGCUGCCACAAAGAGAUAUUUUUUCUGUACUGUAUAACAUAUGCAGACCUGAAUAUGUUUUAGAGAAUCAUUUGAACUUAUCCAUAUACAACUCCUGUCGAGUAAGUUUCUUGCAUAAACUGGCUGCAGGAAAACUUGAAAGAACAUCAAAGCUGCAGAAUGAAGUGCAAUCUAAUUGUUAGGGUGUUUGCAAUAAAUACAUGGCAAAUGUCCAAGUUUAGUGCCAUGAAUGAUUUAAAAAAAAAAAGGUUUAUUGCUGAGGAUGAGCACAUUUUAUCUUUUAAAGAAGGCCUGAGUACCAUCAUUGUCAAACUUGUGAGUUCAAGUCAGCAAAUCUCAGACAAGUUUAAGCCAAAGCUUUUUAUUCCUUUGGAUUCAGGGAGGAUGUUACAAACACAUAUACUGUGUGAAGUGUGAGAAACAGCAGAUUGAUAGAAACUGUGAGUUAUACAUGAUAUGCUCCUUUAGUAUUUGUUUAUUUAUUCUAUAAUGGGGUUGUAAAAUUGGAUUAUAAAUUCACAUAUUGUGUAUUUUACUUGCUGAGUAAUCCAUAUCUACUUAGGCAACAUGCAUUUUCCCUAACUACUAGAAAAAGGGGAAAAAACAUGGCUCACUUUGUCUUUACAGUCCUCAAAUAGUGUUCUUUAACAGCCAACAGUUUUCCUCAUCCAAAAAGUCACACCAGCUUGCAGCUUCUACAAAUUUCAAAGUUUUAUGAGCAGGAAACCGUGUUUGUGAGUCUUUAUUGUCUGAAGCUUAUGUAACUCCUGGGGGGGGGGGGUGUUUUAACCUGAGAUCAGAGCAAAAAUGCAGUUAGAUCAACCUCUAAGUGAAGUGAUUAAGUUAGGGCAGUGCUGUGAUGCCAUGAGAUCUCAAUUAGGACAAACAAACCGGCCAUGUGUUGGCUGUCAUGUGUGGGCAACAAGAAGAAUUGGCCUGACCUAAUCUUUUUCUUUGUUUUUGUGUGUGUGGGUGUUUGUGCGCCAGUUUAACAUUUUGACAAAUGGAAAUUAGAAUUUUAAAUAACACAGUUUUGGACAAAGCCUUACCUUUUAAUGUUGAGAGCUUUUAAAGGCAGGGAAAAUCGUGCUUUUACACAUGUAAAUUAUGUUUGAAUGUGUCUCUAUUAGCAAACAGCUUCUAUUUAUAAGCUAAUAAUUAAGUCAGGAAGGUAGUGACGCACAAUUCAAAUUGAACACUAGAUGAGAAGCAUUUUUUCUACAUUCAGAAAAGGUCAGUCUACAAAGAAAAUAAUUUAUUUUAAUGAAUUUUAUCUUAUGAAUCAUGUGAGUGUCAGAUCAAGAACACAUAAAUGAAAACGAGAUGCAAAAUUUUAAAAUAUUUUCAUGAUUAUAAGCCUAAAGCUGAUCAGAUGAUUUAUAAAUCAUUUAAAGUACGAUCUUUAACCCACUCAAAACAUGGCUGUGCCUCUCCAUUUGCUGCACUUCUUUGCAUUAGAGACAGUACACUUAAUACCUUUGGGUUUGGGACUAUUGGACUUACAAUUUUGGCAUUUCACUGCAUUUUUUAAAAUGAUUUUUAAUCAGUUAAUUGGAAAAAUAAUUAACCUAUUAACUGAUAACAAAAAAGUGUUGCCAAAAGCUGUCAAACUUAUCGAGAGAGCUUUGCUAAUUAAAUGGGAAUGGUGUUACAGUGCAACUUGUGUAUCUCCAAAGUGAAGGCCAUAUUUCCCAUCUGCCCCUGUUUUUUUUCUUAGGUCAAAGUUCAAUAGGCUUCUACUAUAUCCAGACUCUUAGAUGACUGCUAUAGGAUUUGACAAUCAUUAAUUAAUGAAUGAACUGAAAUAAAAUCAGUGAUCAAAUUAGAUAUAUGAGGCUCUGACUGAGUAAAUGAGGCUGACUAAUUUGACAAUAAUAUAACAGCACCAUCUUCCUGCUUAAUGCAGUAAUACAACCUCUUUUUCCAUUCCUACAAACAUCUUGUAAAUAAAUGCAUAAAAAUUACAUGGUUGGAUACAAAUACUUCAUACUCUUUGAAAUAUGUUACCUUGAGUUUUCAGUCCACAGUGUAUGCUGUGUUUAUGUUGUAUUAGAUGAAGCAGAUACAAAGAGAAGAGACACAAUAACCUAUCAACAUUCAUGGAUGGAAAUGUGUUUUCAUUCAAGCAUCCCAGUCCAUCAGUGCAUCCUCGUUUAUAAACUGUAUUUAUUCAUCUGGUUUAGUCAUUCAUGAUACAAUUAUACAUUCACAGCCCAUAACUGACAGACAUCUUUGAUGGUUUGACACAAUACCUCCGUAAGGUCGCGUUUCAGCACAACAUUCAUUAAAAUCUCUUUAGAAAGAUUGAAGCUGAAGACUUGUACACUGUCUCCCUGAACAUUAAUACCCUGUUUUAAUUGUAAAACUCACGACAUAACAGACACUAAUACUGCUCAAAGACAGCGAGUCAAGCCUGAGAAACAACGGUAAUAAUACAAAGACCAUGAGGUUAAACCAACAAGAGUCUACUCAAACUCAAGAGUUAAUUUAUUCUUGUUGUAAGAGAACGUAGUUAAGGCUCCUAUAAGGAGAUUUUAGAAACAAAGUGAAUCAUUGAAAUGCCCGUAUAUGACCUGCAAAAGCAAAUCAGACCAUGAGGAAAGAGCCUGAUAUUUGCCAUACAGUUGCAUGUGUUGUUGCUGCUGGGUAGAUACCAGACACAUUGGUUGAUACUUUGCUGCUCAAAAUGCCUUUGUUCACAUUUUCCAAGGAAAAGAUUUACAACCCAUGAAACAUUAAACUGUUAGAGACAGCCAGUAGGAUAAAAGUUAUUUAAUUAAAAAAAAAAAAAAAACACAACUGUGGCUUAAUAUCAGCAAAAAGAUAGACGUUUUUUGUCCACAGGAGGCGCCAAAAUCUACACAAAGUUCGUCCUUCAAUCACCUGUUCUGUUUUUUUAAGGUGGACUUGAAGACUUGAGUUGCCCCUGAUUGCUCACUUUGCAGUAGAGUUAGAGUUGAGACACUUGUUAGCAGCAUCAAAAGCUGCUGGUUUGCAUCGUCAUUGUUUCACACAGCUGACUGCGUCUCACUGCACACGUAGAUGUUACUCGGUCUCACCCUCCGGCGGCUCCGACCCGGCACUCUGGGACACAGUCUGCAGCUCUUGGGGAUGAACUCCUGACAGGCCUCCCUGAACUUCCUGAUCCUCCAGCAGUAGAUCACUGGGUUGAACACCGUCUUCAGGUAGCUGAGCCACAGAGCGCCAAUACUGAUGGGGUAGAAGACGGAGCUGUAGUAGAACCGCCGGCUGAACACAGCCAACAAGCUGACCACAGUGUGAGGCAGCCAGCACACAGAGAAACCCACAAAGAGGAUGAGGAUGGUGGUAAAGGCUCUGGUCUUGAAGCUCAUGUCCACCUUGAUCUGAGGCGGCCUCUGCAGUCCGGUUAGUCUCAUUUUGCUGACCUGGUUGAGGGCAGGCAGGCAGGAGUGCUCAUUGGUGUGGUUGUGGAUGCGCAGAGUGUUACGGCGCACAGUGUUCAAGAUGCACAUGUAUGAGUACAACAUGAUAGCAAACGGUACAAAAAACACUGCAACUGCUAACAGCACUGUGUAUCCUCGAUCUGCAAGAGAGUCACUGUAACCAAGCACGCACUGGGGCGCCCAGGAACCUCCGAUACCUGCUGCACCUGUCCUCCAUCCCACUACGGAUGGUAGAGACACACAUAGACUCAGCACCCAUGAACCUGCAAUCAACAGUUUGGCUCUGUGAGGGGUCAACUUGUCCUGCCGCUGCACGAUAAUGAGGAAACGGUCCACGCUGAUUAUAAGCAGUAUGGACACUCCCUCCAGCACAAACAGCCAGUACAGCAUGAUAGACGCUCUGCAAAACCCGCUGCCAAACCUCCAGUCAGCAAUCGCCACUGUGACCGCAGUGAACGGCAUGCAGAGCAGAGAGAGCAUGAUGUCUGAAAAUGCCAGCGUGGCAAGGAGCAGGUUGAUGGCAGAGCGCAUGGCAGGUUUCUGGUAAACAAUGAGGCACACGAUCGCAUUGCCGAGGAAACCAAUGGUAAUCAUGAAGAUCAUUAUGGUGGCCAGAGUCACGCGCAGAGAGACUGAUAUGACAGGUGUAGCAGCUUCUGAUGGGAGGUUCUCCACCUCCUCCUCCAUUCUGCCCGGCUCCAUGAGGACACACUCCUCCGGCAGGCUUUCAUUACAAAAAGCCAUUGUGGCUUUUGUUAUCAGCUAUCAGUCCCAAAGAUGAUGCAUGUUUGUUUGUUUGUUGUUACAGUGGACUCAUUGAGCCGUCCUCCAGCAGCUGCACUCCCAUGGCAUUACCUGAAAUAGAAAGACAACAUAUUAACAUAUGAUAUAUUUCAGACCAGUUGUCAAUUGCAUAAAUGAUACCUCACAGUAAACAUAUUAAACUUUUAAUACAGUAUCGUUGCAUGGUGGCCAUUCUACAUUGACGUCACACUCUGGACAAAAAGCUGAAAUACUGUAAAGUGUUUUUGACGCUUAGCUCCAUGCAACAGGUCUUAUUAACAAUUCAGAGGACAACCAAUCCUGAUAAAUCUGUAGAGUCAAACAAGAUAUUAGAAAUCCCAUGUGCCUCCGCUACAGAAACGCUAAUUUAGCAUUCAACCAGUUUUUAAAUCUCCUAUAAAGGUUUGUUAAAUGUUUAUGAAAUAGACUUAAAUUCAUAGUGUGGCCCUGUUUAUGAUAUCCAAAAGCUAAGAAUACUAUCAGUGAGUGACAAGUUGAAGACUACUAUAUCCUAAUUUCUAAUACCUAUGUCACUUAUGAGGGGGUAGGUGUUAGUCUAGCUGCUGAAGAACAAGGUCCUACUUUGACAAUUUGCACUGAAAAUAUUCACUAUAAACUAUUUAUUUGAUCAUCAAAAAAGUAGCAGUCCAAAAGGAGAAAAAAGAAACUAUUCAUGCAUGCAGAGAAUGAAAUCAGCGAAGACUGCUUUUUCCACAGAGGGGCGCCAAAAUUGACUCAAACCAAAAGUUCUUUACUGGAAAUUUUAACAUAAGAAUUUCCAGCUUGCCAUUCCUGUAUGAU